AUGGAAGAUCAAGCACAACAGCUGAUUGAUGCCACCACAGCCAUGUACAAAGCUGGUAAGAUCACAACAAUUCAGCCUGCUCCUAUGAAUAUGCCACCUGGAGCUUUGCCACCAUUUCCGCCGAUGCCGGCGAUGCCUAUGCCUCCCGGUUUGCCACCUCAACUACCUCAAGGAAUGAUGCCGCCGCCACCCACUGGCCCUCUUGGUAUGCCUCCUAUGAUGGUCCCUCCAAUGCCUGCUAUGAUGAGGCCAGCACCACCUAUGAUGAUGACAAUGCCACCGCCUAUGGGUCAAAUAAGACCUGCGGUCUUAUCCACUAAGUAG